GAAGCGUCUUAUCAUUCAACAUUAACCAUGUCGAGCUCACUAUGGACCUUAUUGCAGCAAUUCUACCCUCCUGCGCCAACCGUCACGGAGAAGAACCUCGCAGCCGGGAGCCAAGUAGGCAAGGUAUUCAUCGUCACUGGCGCUAAUUCUGGUAUCGGUCUAGAUCUGGUGAAAUUCCUCUAUCCCACCGGCGCCACAAUAUACCUGGCCAGCCGUUCACUUGAAAAGAUUGACAAUGCCAUCGCGCAAGUAUCUGCCAUCUCCCCUGCGCCGGCAACCCCUGCUACGCUCAAGUCUCUUUACCUGGACCUCUCAGACCUCACUACCAUUAAGCCCGCCGCCGCGUCCUUUGCGGCUCAAGAGUCACGUCUCGACAUCCUCUGGCACAACGCCGGCUUCGGCUAUGAACCCGGCAGCGUGACAAAGCAGGGUCUUGAAGCCCACAUCGGAACCCACUGCGUCGCCCCACUCCUGUUCACCCAGGAGCUUCUCCCGCAGCUCCAAGCGGCAGCGAAGUCCGCGCCCAAGGACAGCGUCCGCAUCGUCUGGACCGGAUCCAUACGAAUCGACAUAAACUCGCCACCCGGCGGCGUCGACUUCGCCCGGAUCGAAAAGCCGACUAUCAACAAAGAAUGUGAGUACGGCGCGUCCAAAGCCGGGAAUUAUUUCCUGGCGGCGGAGGGGGCUAGACGCUGGGGCAAGUACGGGAUUAUCAGCGUGUGCCAGAAUCCCGGGAAUCUGUACACGCCUAUCUGGGGGAACUCCAGCUGGUGGCAUAUAGCAUUUUUCAGGAUUUUUGUCUUGUACCCAUCCAAGUACGGUGCGUACACGAUGCUCUAUGCCGGAUUCUCACCGGAUGUAAACGAAGGUACCAAUGGUGCGUAUAUUUGGCCUUGGGGUAGGAUUCGACCUGUUGGACGGAGUGAUGUGUUGCAGGCGGUAUCGGAUGGUAAAGCGGCGGAAUUUUGGGAGUGGUGUGAGAAGAAAUGGGGGCAAUAUGUUUGAGAGCUUAUUAGUCCGGACUUUGGCACCAAUGGCGGGCAGUAUCGAUUGAUAUAGCAGUACAUUUUGUUUAUAGUAGAC